AUGGGAUUCUUCCCCCCCACACAGUCGGAGGAGCACAUCCUCUCUCUAAUCUCCCAAAUCAAAGACUGGCAGAUCAACCACGGCUCCCUCCUCAAACUCAUCCGCGCAGAGACCGAGCACUCUUCCCUCUGCCGCCCGGUAGGAGUCAGCGUGUUCCCGACACCAUUCCCGCGGACGCACUUCCACCGCGCACUAGAGCUGCAGACGAUCUACAACGAGCUGUACUGCGCCAUCGCGGAAGACGAGGAAUGGAUCUCCGAGACCAUCAAGGACUUGAUCCCCGUGGAACCGUUAGUGGCGAUCUUGUGGGAGAUCUACCAGGAGGUGAGAAGAGAUAUUAGGAACGGUGUUGAUAUUAAUAAUGUUUCCGCGGGAAUCUUUCGGUCGGAUUAUAUGCUUAGCCUUGGGACUCAAGGGAGAAGAACAAGAACCAGCGGUGGGGACGAGAAUGGGAAUCAGAAUCAGGGGGUGCUUCUUCUAUCUGAAACGAGGCUGAAACAGGUCGAGUUCAACACGUUCUCGUGUGCGGGUGGCGCCCACGCUAAGAGGGUCGUGGAUAUGCAUCGAUACCUGGCCAGGAGGGGGGAUUACAGUGAUCUUCACUGUGACAGUGACAACAGAAGCAAUGAUAGCCCGAUCAACAUCACUGCAGAGUCACUCCCACGGAGCGACAACGUCGAGGCCCUGGCAUCGUGUUUGAGAACGGCCCACGCAGUCUACGGAGCGCCCAAAGGCAGCGCGGCGGAUAAAACAGCCGUGUUAUUCGUCGUCCAGCCACACAACUACAAUAUCGCCGAUGAGCGACCCAUCGAGUACGCAUUGUGGAAUCCCACUGAUGGCAAGGAUGAUGACAACGGCGUAAUACCGACAUACCGGGUCGAAUUCGGCCAUGACGUACUCCACGAUACAAUCCUCACCGAGUCGCGCGAGCUCCUCUUCCACCCAGGCCCACGGAGGAAGAAGAACCAGAAACCCGUGGAGAUCUCGGUGAUCUACAUGCGAGCCGGGUAUGAGGCGGGCGAAUACAGUCCCGCAGCCGGGGGCAGGGAAGCACGGCUGCGACUGGAGAAAUCUCGGUGUAUCAAAUGUCCGUCGUUGCUUACGCAUAUCGCGACGUUCAAAAGGGUGCAGCAGGCACUUACUGCGCCCGGGGCGUUGGAGAGGUUUCUCCCUCCUGAGAAGGUCGAGGUGAUUCGAGAUACUUUCGUUCCGAUUUAUCCGCUUGAUAAUGAGUCGGAGGCUGGGAGGUAUGCGCGUAGUUUGGUUGAAAGUUACUACUGCAGUAGUACUAGUACGGAGAGCACUAGCGAUACCAAUGAUGGUAGUGGUGAUGAAACCUGCCACCGCGAAGAGAUUGCUCCGAGAAAUUUCAACUACGUCCUUAAACCCUCCCGAGAAGGCGGAGGCCACAAUGUCUUCGGCAAUGCUAUUCCCGAGUUCCUCGCUUCCAUCCCGGAGUCGGAAUGGUCAUCGUAUAUCCUGAUGGAGCGGAUUAGGGCGCCGCCGGUGACGAAUGUGUUGAUCUCGCCCGAUCAGAGGAUUAGGAUGGGCGAGGUUGUAUCUGAGUUGGGUGUGUUUGGGGCUUGUCUAUGGCGGAGCAGCAGUAGUGGUAGUAGCAGUACUAGUGCUCCUGAUGGCGGCUGUGAGAUGCUCCAGAACGCUGUCGCAGGAUGGUCGUUCAAGACGAAGAGUGCGUCUACGGAUGAGAUGAGCGUUGUGAAGGGAUAUGGGUGUUUUGACACGCCUUGCUUGGUAGAUAUAGAUUGA